GUGUGUGUCUCAUUUGAGUAGUGUGUGUAUGUAUGUGUGUGUAUAUGUAUGUAUGUGUAUGUAUGAGUGUAUGUAUGUUUGUGUGUGUGUAUAGUGAGUGGUAUCGUAUGUAUUGUGAAUGUAGUGAAUGUUGUGUUUGACUGAGUGUUGCUUUGCUUUGGGCUUUCAUUACAGUGUUGUAUGUGUUGUGUGUAUAGUAUGUAUAGCUAUAGCAGUAAUACUGGUGUAAGUAAUGCUAAAAUGGCGUUCAAAGAGCAACACUCGUACCCAUUGUCCACAUGAAGACCCUUACGCUCAAUACCAACAACACUGUCCAUCAUUACUAUAGCAUCCGUGACCACUGGCACCGUCGAUUACAUUAGAUUUGUGUGGGAUAAUGGAAUAAAUUGCAUAUUUAUUAAAAUUAAUUUAAUGAAAACAAUUUAAAAUACAAUCCGAUGAAACAAAUUAUUAAACAUUAUAUGGUAACAAAAUUUGUAUGUUUUAAUUGGAUUAUAAUGACUAUUAAUCUUAUAAUAAAUGAAUGGAUUUAAUAAUGAAAUUGUGAUCACCAAUAAAGUGUGAAUCAUUUCAUCACUGGAUCGCAUAGUAUUUAUCAAAAUUUAAAUAUAUAAAUAUAUAUUUAUAAUUGUGAUAUUAAUUAAUAAUAAUAAUAAUACCAAAUAUAAUAAGUGGUAUCACUAAUGAAAGAAACAGCGAUGUUGUGGAAGUGUUAGCAGUGAUAUAUGGAUACCUCAGAUCUCACAGGAAUGGCAGAUUAUCAGCUAAUCGGUGAUGCCUUUGGAUACCAUUCGGGAUAUGGCAACGCACCGGGUCAGCCAACCGGACAGUCAGGACAACAAUCGGCAGGACUUCCAGUUGGGGCCAAUAACAUGCCCGCAUCAAUUGGUGGUUUGCCGGGACAGGGCUCGACACAAGCUUACCAUCAAUUGCAGUCACAACAUCCUCCACGAGCUGGAUAUCCGCAAACUAAUGACCCAUUAAUGAGCCAUAAAAUGCAUAGUCAAUACCCUAAUUAUGGAUCCGCUGGUUCUGCUGUUCAAGGGAUGAAUGUUAGGGGACAAUAUCCAACUGAUCCACGAUAUGCACAGCACGGGAUUGACUAUAAUUCGGCUAUGAGUCAGUCACAUCUGACUCAAUCAACACAGCCUUCAAUUCCCAGUUCUUAUGGUCAGCAAAAUAUGAUGGGACAGUAUGCCGGUCAACGUAUGCAUGCACCUGGGCUAACACCAUCGAGACAACCUACUGGUCCAUUACAUGGAAUGUCAUCGCAUUAUAACUCUUCAUAUCCAGCGGGUUCUACUCAGAGUGGAUACCAUCCUCACUCUACACCAUCAAGUGAUAUGUGGCCCGGACAGGGAGUUUCGCAUAUGCAACAGAGCUCGUCAUAUCCGGGAUAUCCCGGUUCGGGUGCAAGCGGUCCAUCACAAGGUGUGCCACAUUCGAGAGCCGCACAGAACCAGUAUAUGAGUCAUAGUGAAUACAGUGCAAUGCAUCCAAACGAUCAACAGAGGCAAUACUUUUCGUCCUCUGGAGGCCAGACUCAGUCCCAGUCAAUGCCGAGUCAUAUCACUGGUGAGAGCUCGACAUUGUCAUAUCCAACACCAUCUCAGGGACCCUACAAUUCUACGCCUGGCUCUCAAUUGCCUCCAACAGCAUCAACACGGGGUUCACAUUCAGCAAUUAGUGGAUCUGUUCCAAGACAGCAAUAUAUGGGUUAUACUACACCACAGCCUUCAUCACAACAGACUCAACCCCAAAGUACUGGAGCUUCAAUACAACGGUAUCCGCAACAGUAUUCUGGUUAUCCACAAACUGGCGGUUUUGGUGAGACAGCCCAAUCGCGAUUAUCUCCAUAUCCAUUAUCACAAUCAGGACCGGCUGGUCCUAAUAGUCCACAAUUUAGGCCCGGUUUUCCUGCGAGUACAGGUUCUCAAUUGUCAUCGCUGUCUCCAAGACGGCCCACAACAACACCACCUGCCGGUUCACCGAUGCCUCCAUCAUCACAUACACCGGAUCGCUCUUCAGCUAAUACUACACCACAGGCAUCAACACAUCACCCGAGUUUUCCUAUAAGUCCGGGCGCUAAUCACUUAUCAAGUCCGGGUCAGGGUUUAUCUCCCGGAUCAUCAGUUCCAUCAACUCCUUCGAGUUUACAACAGUUAGAACAGAUGGUUAUGCCUCACUUAGGAGGAGUUGGAAGCGUCAAUAGUUCAUCAAAAACUUCAAUUCCUGUCUCUACUAAUUCUUCUGCAUCGUCGUCCACUCCCUCUUUCUAUGGAUCUGUUGGUCGGAUGACUACGGAUUCAUCAUCAACAGGAGCGGCACCACUAUCACCACAAGCAUCGCAGGGCAUAUACCCUCAUUAUCCAUCACCGGGUAAUAUGACGUCUAAUAAAUCCCAAUAUCCUUACCAUCAAUAUCAACAAAAUAACUCUCACUGGACGGGUCCGCAACCCAGUCCCAUAUCAUCAGCCGCUACAUCUGCGGCCACUUCUAUAACAAAUACUCAUUCAAUGGGUGGAGUCGGUGGUGGAGGCAUUCCAUUACAACCACAAUCGUCAAUGGCAUCCAUGGGUCAGACAUCACAAUCAUCGACACAUCAAAACUCACCAUCUCUUGCCUCCAACAACUCUUCAUCACCUAAUGUUAGUAAAUCUGAUGUCUCAAUGCCUGUAAACAGUGGUAUUAGUGGACAAUACAAUUCAUACGGCAGUGAACUCAAUGCGAGUGCGACAGACUCUAACUUUUCUCAGACUUUUUCCAGUCGUUCCACUUCUUUAAAUAAUUCAACUCCGCCAUCAUCCACAUCAUCUUCAUCAUCAUCACAACCACUACAAAGUGGAUAUUCAGUAUCACAAAGCACUGGUAGUACAAGUGCUUCAUUUGAUUCAUCGGUUAUGAAAGCGCAGCACAACAAACAACAGGUACAACAAUCAGUACAGGGAUCACAAGCAGCUCAAAAUGAUACUCAGCAGUCACAGCAACAACAACAGCAAACUCAAAGCCAAACACCCGGCGCUACUAUGGCGUCGCCAACGCAUAUGUUUGAUUCAAUCAAAAGUCCUAACGCUUCGACUCCGAGGCCAAUGUCUGACACAUUAAAUAACGAUUUGCAGCCAAACUCUCAGUCGCAAUCAGAUUCUCAAUCUGCAGCCCAAACAACACAACAAAUGAUGGGACCUGGAGUUCCACCUCACCAUUCAUACCACCCGAUGAUGCAUCAGCAGCCAGUGCAUCAUCAGUCGUACCCUCCACAGCCGCAGAUGGCUAACUAUCAGAACAGUUACGAUGGCAUGAAUUAUGACAUUAAUAAUAUGAAUUCAGUCACCGGUGAUAUGUCUCAGUCAUCAUCAAUGAACUCCGGCCCAUAUGGAGACCACGAUUCGAUGAUGUAUGACAACUAUGGUAUGGAUAAUAUGGUUCCACAACAAAUGGGAGAUUAUCAUAGAGACCAAUCAGGAGGAGAUUAUGGACAAAUUGAUCCAUAUUCAGCCAAUUUUGACGAUAGUUUUGGUGAACCUCCGACUAAACGUAAAGGUAAAGGUAGGCCUAAAAAGGAUCCAAAUGAACCUAAAAAGGAGAGAAAACCGCGACAACCACGCGCUCCAAGAGGUACAGGACGUGGCAGAGGUCGAGGUAGUAAAGCUAAUAAUAAUAUGAGUGAUAGGUUGGCUGCAAUGCCUCCAAUGAUGCCUCCAGAGUAUGAUCCUAAUUUCGGAAUGCCACCAGAAAACAUGGAUAUGUAUGGCCACGAUAUGUAUAGCCAACCAAUGCCUCCAACACAACAAUCAGCAAUACCUUCUCAACAAUCACAAAUUAUGUCUUCAAUGUCCGGCCCAAUGCAACCAUCGCCACAACACCAACAAUCACUUCAGCCACAGCAGGCACCUCCACCACCAGCACCGCCACAACAACCACAUGGGUCUCAAUCUGAGUCAAGUCAAUCACCUCCACAGCAACAACAACAACAACCGCCACCGCCGCAGACAAACCAUUGUCAACAACCAACUCCUAUACAACAAUCAAUUCCAACAAUACUUCAAUCUCAGUCACCAAAUGAAGCGGAAAUUGCAUCACCCGUUCCUUCAUUGCCGCCUCAUAGCUAUACGCCACCUAUUCCGCCGCCACUGAUGCCAUCAGAGCAGCCAAUUCAACCGAUCAUAGAAAAGCCAAUAGAAACCGAACAAAAUUUAUACGACGAGAGUUUUUUAGAGCAGUCGACAACCAGUGAAACUACUAAUAUAAAUGAUACCACUUUAGUAUCGAUGACUUCCGAGGAGGAACAGAACGUAUCACUGGCUGUCCCGACUGAUGGAGAUAUGUUUAGCGAUCCUCCUCGUCAGGUAUCACCCUGUCCUCCACCAAACACAGACCAAGAGAUACCUGAGACAAAAAUGGAUUCGUAUGAGUUUGCAGUCGACGAUUCGCAACUCAUGUCGACACCAGUGAAAACUCCUAAAGAGAAAAAGCCAAAGAAGCGAAAGCCUAAAAAAGAGCCCACAGAACAACCAGAAGGUGAAACAAGUGUUGAGAUUAAUGCCGAAAAUGAGGCAAAACCACCAAAACCUAAAAAGGCUAAGAAAAAGAAACCGAAAAAGACAGUACCGAUCGAAACAGAAGAACCAGUUGAUGUGGAAGUGAAAGAUACUCCAACAGAGGAGGCAAACGAUUCACAAACAGCUGUUACAACCGAUAUGGAUGACGCCACACAAGAGUCAUCGCAAUGUGAUUCAAGUGCUAUUGAGUCGAGUGCUAGUAAAGGAAAGAAAAAGAAAAGUUCAUCAAAGAGUAACUCAAAGCCAAGAAUUAAGAAUAAAUCGCCAAAAAAGAAAUUACCAAAACUUGCGCUUAAAUUUAGUAAAAACAAAAAGAGACGCCGUUUUGGCUCUGGUUCUGAUCACUCGGAUCUUGAGAAGACUCCUCCGCCAUCACCUGAUGACACAGAGUCUGGUUUACAGAAGAGACGUUCGGCCAGAAAUACUAAGAGACAGAAAUAUACGGAUGAUAUUGAUUUAGAUCUUUCUGAUGACGAUAAUCCUCUUCAAACUAAAGAUUCUGUUGAUAAUACUGGCAAACCAUUGACUGAUGGAAAUGUGUCGAGUGUUGUCAUCAGCGAAGAUACAAUGGUUGUUGAAAAGAUUAUGAGCUCACGAAUGGGUACUCGAGAGCUUGAAGAUGAGGGAAAUGAGACGACUGUAGUCGAUCCAAAUGCAAAGCCACAAACCAUAGAAGUGGAGGAAUUUUUUGUCAAAUAUAAGAAUUUAUCGUUUUUGCACUGCGAAUGGAAAACAGAAGAAGAACUUGAAAGGGGUGACCGAAGAGUUGGUCAAAAAUUGAAGCGUUUUAAACAGAAAAAGGACACAAUGAAUAUGUUUGACUUCUUGGAUGAGGAACCAUAUAAUCCAGAUUAUGUUGAAGUCGAUCGUAUUCUUGAUGUAAACGAAAUCGAAGAAAUUAUUGAAGUGAUACCCGAAGACAAAGAGAAGGAAAAAGAAAACGAAAUUGAAAAAGAAAAAGAUGUAGAAAAAGAAAAAAAUGUAGAAAAAGAUGAGGAAAAGGAUGUGGAAAAUGAUGAGGAAAAAGAUAUGGAAAAGGAUGUGGAAAAAGAUAUAGAAAAAGAAAAAGAUGUGGAAAAAGAAGAAGAAAUGGAAAUAGAAAAGUGUGAACCAAAAGAUGAAACAGAAAUCGAUUCUCAAAGCAGUGAUUUAGCGACAAUAGAAACAGAUAAAACUGAUCCAAAUUCUGCCGAAUCUUCGAUUGUGCCAAACGAUAGUGAAAAGACUGAAACUGAUUCUAAUAGUGAUAAUAAUGAAAAUAAAAUAAAAACUGAAGAUUUGGCUGAACAGUCAACAAAUGAUGAAAAGUCUAUCGACUCAACGAUAACCAAAAAUAAUGAUAAAACAGACGACGAAUCGACUCAAGAAAGUGAAAUCAAAAGUGAUGAAACAGCAGACAAAUCUGAUGUCAAAGUAGAAGAGACUGUCAAUGCAGAGGAUGUCAGUAAAACUGAAAAACUCGAAGAAGCAAAAGAAGAUAAACCUAAACCAAUAAUUAAAACACGAAAAGUAAAACAUUAUUUAGUUAAGUGGAGAGCACUGGCGUAUGAGGACAGUACGUGGGAACUGGAAGAUGAUUUAGAUCAACAAAAGAUCGAACAUUUCUAUAGAUUUCGAAAACCUCCGCCGAAGAGUGAAUGGAAACCUAAGAAAAGACCAAAACCUGCCGAUUGGAAAAAGAUUGAAGAGUCACCUCUUUAUAAGGGAGUAAAUACUCUUCGCGAAUACCAAUUGGAAGGACUAAAUUGGCUCAGCUUUUGCUGGCAUAACAAUCAAAACUGUAUUCUGGCCGAUGAAAUGGGUUUAGGAAAGACUAUUCAAUCGUUAGCUUUUGUUAAUGAGAUGACCAAUCACGGCAUUAAUGGCCCGUUCCUCGUAAUAGCUCCACUCUCAACAAUAGGCAAUUGGCAGCGAGAGUUUGAGACCUGGACUGAUCUAAAUGUCAUUACAUAUCACGGAAGUUCUGCGAGUCGUAAUAUGCUUCAAGAAUAUGAAAUGUAUUACAAAAACGAUAAAUACGAAAGAAUUAGCGGAAUCUAUAAAUUUCAAGUUAUGAUCACAACAUUUGAAAUUGUAUUAACAGAUUGUUUAGAGUUACGGGAAAUCCAUUGGAAAUCCUGUAUUAUAGACGAAGCCCAUAGACUUAAAAACAGAAAUUGCAAACUAUUAGAGGGUUUACGACUACUAGACGUUGAGCACAGAGUUUUGUUGACCGGAACUCCUCUUCAGAAUAAUGUCGAAGAGUUAUUCAGUUUACUUAAUUUUCUUGAGCCGACACAAUUCACUUCAAACGAAAGUUUUAUGUUAGAGUUCGGUGAUCUUAAAACAGAGGCACAGGUAGACAAACUGAAAGCCAUACUAAAGCCAAUGAUGUUGAGAAGGCUUAAAGAAGACGUUGAAAAAACUUUGGCUCCGAAAGAGGAGACUAUUGUUGAGGUCGAAUUAACAAAUAUUCAAAAGAAGUAUUACAGAGCUAUUCUCGAAAGAAAUUUCCAAUUUCUAAGUAAAGGCGGCAGUUAUACAAAUAUGCCUAACCUUAUGAACACAAUGAUGGAGUUAAGGAAGUGCUGUAUUCACCCAUUUUUACUCAAUGGCGCUGAAGAACAUAUAUUUUAUGAAUAUCGCGAACAACACGGCAAAGAAGGUGGCGACACAACUCUUAACGCUAUUGUCAACGCUUCCGGUAAACUUGUAUUAAUCGACAAAUUGUUGCCCCGACUAAAAGAGAACGGACACAGAGUUCUUAUAUUCUCUCAAAUGGUUCGUUGUCUUGACAUUCUUGAAGAUUAUUUAGUUCAUAAGCGCUAUCCAUAUGAACGAAUUGAUGGCAGAGUACGUGGAAAUCUGCGUCAGGCAGCCAUUGAUCGGUACUGUAAACCAGAUUCCGAUCGUUUUGUAUUUCUAUUAUGUACUCGUGCCGGUGGUUUGGGUAUCAAUUUGACCGCUGCUGACACUGUUAUCAUAUUUGAUUCCGAUUGGAAUCCACAGAAUGAUCUUCAAGCUCAAGCUCGCUGUCAUCGUAUCGGCCAAUCAAAGGCCGUCAAAGUAUACCGACUUAUUUGUCGAAAUACUUAUGAGAGAGAAAUGUUUGAUAAGGCGAGUCUUAAGUUAGGUCUCGAUAGGGCUGUCCUUCAAUCGAUUAACUCAAGUAAAGCUAAUUUGAAUGAUAAUCAACUUUCGAAGAAAGAGAUUGAAGACUUAUUAAGGAAGGGUGCGUACGGAGCACUUAUGGAUGACGACAACGCUGGCGAUACAUUCUGUGAGGAAGAUAUCGACCAUAUUUUGCAAAGAAGAACCCAAACCAUUAUUAUUGAGAGCGAAGGUAAAGGUUCGACAUUUUCAAAAGCUUCGUUCGCCUCAUCGAACAAUAGAUCUGACAUCGAGAUCGAUGACCCGAACUUUUGGGAAAAGUGGGCCAAAAAGGCUAACUUUGAUAUCGACGAACUCAAAGGUCGUAAUGAGCUUAUAGUACAAGAACCAAGAAGACGGACACAGACUAAACGUUUUGGUGCAGACGAUGCAGUUCUCGAUAUGUCUGAACUUGAAUCGAGUGAUGAAGACGAAGAUUCGGUUUCCACACGAACUCGCGGUGGUAAACAACGACUUCCUAAAGGAAAGAAAGGGAAGAAGGGUCGCGGAGGUGGAUAUGAGCGCGAAAGAGAUGAGGAUUAUAUGCAAGAGUUUGGUCCCGGAAACUGGACCCGAGCCGAGUGCUAUAAAGUGGAAAAGGGUUUACUUACGUUUGGUUGGGGUCGUUGGGCCGAGUGUUUGAUUCUUGGAAACUUUAGACGACAAUUGACUCGAAUGGACGUCGAAAGUAUCUCAAGAGUACUAUUACUUUAUUCACUUCAGAACUAUAAGGGCGACGAAAAAAUCAAAUCAUUUAUUUGGGAUUUGAUUACACCGGCCGAAGAUGGCGAACAGCAUCGCAUACACCGUAAUCAUACCGGUCUAUCAGCUCCUGUUCCGCGCGGACGUAAAAAUAAGAAAUUAAAGAAAACAGUGGGCGAAGAGCUUGAGUCAUCCGAUUGGGCUAAGGAUGAAAAGUUUAAUCCCGACGUAUUGUUGACUGAUGACCAGUACCGCAAACAUUUGCUACGACACGCAAACAAGAUUUUACUUCGUGUACGACUUUUGUAUUAUUUAAAACAUGAGAUUAUCGGUCCCUAUCACGAACAAGUAUUUGCUGGAGUUCCUGCCCGUGACAUUCCGAUACCUCCGCCAGUAGCCGAUGGUGACCCACCCGCUCAGUGGUGGGACGAGGAGGCAGAUAAGUCGCUUCUGGUUGGUGUUUACAAACACGGUUACGAUCGCUUUAACCUAAUGAGACAGGACCCGGCUCUAUGCUUCCUAUCGCGUUGCGGUCCUCCCGAUGGCGCCGCACUGUUGGCCGAAAUGAACGCCGACGAAGAUUUAGGCAAAACAUUAGAGGAAGACGACGAACCCGAAACACCUGCCACUCCGGCCACACCUGUCAGUGAAACUGAUGGGCCGACUAAAACUAAAAUUGAAAAAUCUGAUUCAAAAGAUGAUGAUCUAAAUGAUGGUAAUAACACUUUACUACCGUUUCCAUCGUCUGCCGAUAUGAAUCAUAGAUUAAGACGUACAGUAACCAGUUAUCAAAGACACUUUAAGAAACAAGAGAUGAAAAUAGCUCAAAGAGCUCGACAUCAGCAACGAUUGGAACGACUCGAAAGGUUUGAGGCGGCGAUCAAAGAGAGAGAAGUGAAAAAGAGAGACUUAGCUCAGAAGAAAUGGUCGCGAAGAGAGGAAGCAGACUUCUAUCGUGUCGUUUCCUCAUUCGGUGUUGAAUACAAUCGCGAGACCGACACAUAUGACUGGACACGUUUCCGGUCGUUCGGUAAAUUGGAGCGAAAACUCGAUGACACACUUACAGAAUACUUCAAAGCUUUUUAUGCAAUGUGUAAACGAGUUACCGGUCGACGACUCAGUGAAGAGGAAGAAAAUUUACCGAUUAGUGUGGAUCCCAUUUCAGAAGAAAGAGCCAGUCGUUGUACGGCUCGAAUCGAUUUGUUGAGUAAAAUUCGAGAAGAGAUCGUAACUCAUCCGGAACUCGAGGAAAGACUCCAAUUAUGUCAGCAUUCCAUGGAUUUACCCGAAUGGUGGGUCUCUGGAAGGCACGACAAAGAUUUAUUACUCGGGGCUGCAAAAUAUGGACUCAAUCGACUUGAUUUCAAUUUGACUAAUGAUCCCGAAAUGUCUUUUAUGGAGGUUUUUGCUAAAUUGGAUGCAAUUGAAGAAAAAGCCAGAUCUGAUGCUUUAUCUGAAGAGAAACUCGAAGAUAAAAUACAAAUCGAGACAAAGGCUGAAGUUAGCGAAGUAGAUAAGGAGGUAAAAACAAAAGAAGAAGACGUAACUGAAGAAGUUGCUGAUAAAAGUGAUAUUAAAAACACUGAAGAAAAGAUCGACGAAGAAUUAGUUGACAAAAAAGAAGAAAACCCUGAAGUUUCAGAUGAAAAGACUGUUGAUAACGAAAAUAAAAUUGAAGACGAAUCUGUAAAUUUCAAAGAUGUCGAAGAAAAGUCAGAAAACAUGGAUGAGAUAAAAGAUGAUAUAAAAGACGAAAAGAAAGAAGUGGAAAAACAGAAGGAAGAGUUGGCAAAUUCACCGAAACCUGAAUCUCAAUCCGAAGAUAAAAUAAUAGAGAAUAAUGUCGACAACGAAUCUAAAGAAAAAUCUAUAGAACCUGAAGCUAAAGAGGAUAUUAAGGAAACUACAGAUGAAAAAAUGGAAACCGAUAACAAUGAGACAAAACCAGAUGAGACAAAACCAGAUGAAACAAAAUCAGAUGAAACAAAAUCAGAUGAAACAAAAUCAGAUGAAACAAAAUCAGAUGAAACAAAAUCAGAUGAGACAAUCAAUAAAGAUGAACUUCCAAUUGAACCAGUUGUUUUACCUAAAGUUGAAAAACAUGAGAAAACACAAGAAAAUUGUAAGGAAAAUGAAAUCGAAGAGAAAAUGGAAACGAAUGAAACUGAGAAAACAGAGGACGAAGUUAAGACUCAUACAGAGAAAAUGGAUGUCGAUUCUGAAGAGAAAGUCGUCAUCGAAGAUAUCGAGACUAAAAAAGAGACCGAAGAAGUUGAUAAAGAAGAAGAAGAAGACAUUAAAAAUAAAGAUGAGAAUAAAAAUGAAAAUCUAGAAGAAGUGAAAGAGGAAGAAACGAAAUUGAAAGAAGAGCCUAAAGAAGUCGCUGUCGAAGAAGUAAAGUCCGAAGAAACGACUGAUAAAGAAAAUUCUGAGAUAAAAACAGAAUCAGAAACGGCUUCGAUUGCGACCGAAAAGGAAACUUCAAUAACUGCUUCUUCAACACCUCAGCCACAAAAUGUUCAACAAAAGAGUUUCAAUCGUUUUCCAAAAGAUCGAGUUUUGCAGAUGAGGUUAGAACAGAUCUGUCACGUGGUCGAGAAAAAUGAAUGGCCAUCACUGAGACAUACAUUCUUCUCACUCAUGUCGUGUCCACACCAAUCGACUCCGAGUGUUGCCACAGCUGACAGUUCUCCACGACCCUUAUCGCCUGGCAGUCUGUCGAGUGCCAGUAGAGAACCGACUCCACACCCGACACCAGAUCACACACCACGAAGAGAAGCUUUGUCACCGCUUCCAGAAUUUUUCUACGCCGACAACUCUGCGUCUAUUAAUGAAUCAGCCAGUCAUCGAAGACGUCGAAGAAGAAGACGCUUUGAAGUUGAGGCCGAGAGACAGAAAUUACGAAAUCUGUUGUCACAAACUAUUGAACAACAACAGCAACAACAACAUCAUCAUCACCAACAACAACACACACCACAACCCCAACAACAAUUACAACAACAGCAACAACAACACCAAUCAUCGAGUAGUUCCAAAAAGCAAACAUCUCUUCUAUCAAACAAUGCUUCGCAAUUUUUUCCGCCAUUAUUUUCACUACCUUUCGGUAAUUUGCGAUCAGCUAUUCGUGACGAACUCUUGACCGAUGAAAAGACUGCUUCACUUUUAUUGGGUUCAACAUUACAGUCAUCACUUGCGGCCGCUGCUGCCCAAUCAGCUGCUCAAUCGGUUGCUCAAUCAUCCACGACUAGCGCGACUCCAACAUCAAAAGGUCCUCCACCAGCUCAUCAACAAAAUUCGUCCAAAUUUACUAAUUCAACGUUGGGUACGUUAGACCUGACCGGACGAUUUAAGUCGACUCCUAAGAUGACAUCAGCACCGGUUCCGGCACAUAAAGUAGCACCAGUUGAGAACCGAAAGACAGCGGCUCAAGACGUGCUUGACUUGAGUUCAGCGCCUGUAAAACGAACGCGUAGUAACAUAUCUGAUAAGAAACAGAUGGCUACUGAUUCCAGUGCAGUACCAUUGGCUUUGAGCACAUCAUCAUCAAAGAGAAGCUCUCGAAAGAUUGGUUCUCGAAUUGAUGCUUUGGCUCUCAAUCUUCAGGCAAAGAAAAUGAUGGAAGAAAAACAAAGUGACCCAAAACCAGAAAAACAAGAGUCUGUAUUAUCUUCAUUUGAAAAGACAAGACAACAACAGACACACUUUUUGGACGAACUUAACAAACACUCGCAAAUGUUGGCGAGUAAAACACCGCCAGCGGCUCACGCAAAGAGUUCAUCAUCGAUGUCGUCUAAACAUCUAAACGAAUCGUUGUUAGCCAACAAACUUAGCGCUCAUUUAGGAUCUCUCGAUACAUCCAAAUUGCCGCCGUCUAAAGCAAACGAGGCGUCAACUAUUGCAGAACAAGUGGCUAUCAUUAGACAAAAUCUUAGAAAUCUGUUUGAAGAUCACCCGGAAUUUAUUGCACAAAAUCCUAAUAUGGCCUCAAUGGUGGCCGCUUCGGCUGCCAAUGUAUUUAAUCCUAAUUUAAAUGUCAAUAAUUUAUCAACAAUUGCUGCUAAUACGGAAUUACUAGAACUACCCGAUAGUAGACGCAGUCGAAGUAGUAGUCGACGCUCUCGUGUCGAUCCAUCACAACUGGAUCUCCAGAAUUUAACCGGAGAAGAGAAUGUAUCGGUUAUUAAUAGAACUACCGGCAAAAAAAUAACCGGAUCUAAAGCACCGCCACUCAAACAUUUAGCCGAAUGGCUCGACAAAAAUCCAAAGUUUGAUGUCGACCCCAAAUGGAGUCCUCUCGUCAACAAAGAAAAAGCCGCCACUUUUAAGACACCCACAUCAAUUCCCAAUGUUGGUGUCAGAACCCGAACCAGUGAUAAGCGAAGCUCAAGUAGUAGUAGUAGCGCUAAUUCAAGCCUCACCGCUCUGGCAAACAAUUUACUGAACAGCGCUUCGGCUAAUUUGAGCUCAGGUAGCAAUAGUAACAACAACUCAAGCAGUAGUUCCAGAAGAUCGACUGCUGCUUCACUAUUAGCAAGUGGUUACGGAAACGCUUUCGGAAACACUGCCGUUACUUCCAGUGGUUUGAGCUAUCCUUCAUCGGCUCUAAAUUCUUUCAACGCGGCCUCAAUGUUAGCCGCCGGCUUUCCAUCAAUGAAAAUGUUUAUGGAUCAGACUUCAGGAUCAACCACUGCCACAUCGCUUACAACUAAUUCCCAUUCAAAGUCUACAUUAAGUUCGACCUCAUCGACGAAUACAUCAACUACACCGACAACAUCGGCAUCCAAUGCACCGCCACUAUUCUUCCCAUUUGGAGGUCUCGGCAUGGGUUUAACGAACCCACUGUUCGGUUUUCCUAACUUUAAUAUUCCUGGACUGACCCCCACAUCAAAUGCUAUGACCGGGUUGUCGUCAUCUGAUAAAAAAGACAGUUCUGACACUCCAUCAAAUGAAAAAACAAAAUCUGGAAAAUCUAGUAAUUCUAGUAAAAACAAAUCUGGAAUCAAUUCGAGUUCAUUUUUAGGCUCUUCAGCCGCUGCAUCAGCUCUUGGCUCUGGAGCGCUGCCAUUCUUAUAUCCACCAAACUUCUUAUACAACCCAUUAAGUUUAAGUGGUUUCUCUGGUCUAAGUGGUUCACCAUUUGGUAUACCCGGUCUAAUGAAUGGUUUGGGAGGUCUGAGCACAACAGCUAUGAGUGGUUUUAAUACUAAUACCACCAACUCUUUGGCCUCACAAAUGAAAGCAAAAACAUCGACUUCAUCUUCUAGUAGAACACCAAAACAUAGUUCAAGUAUAAGCAGUGCUCCAUCAGGAUUAUCACUGGCCAGUAGUCUCUUAGCGAGCGCUGGUGUUCAUCCAUCGAGUGCUGCCGCAGCCGCCGCUAUUGGCGACUCUGAUGACGACAGUCUUAAGUCGUUAAUGGGUAAUGAUGAUGACGAUGACCUCAAUGGAGAUUAUGACGACAAUAACAUGAAUGACAUAAAGGACUCAGACUAUGAGUUAGAGUCAAAAAGUGCCUCCAAAAGGAAGACAUCAUCUGUGAACAAGUCUUCAUCUAAAGAUCUAUCAAAACACAAAACGAAAGGCAACUCUAAUUCUACCUCAAAAGUGUCACCUAAAUGAAUGAACCAUUUAUUAUAAUUAAUUUAUUGAUUAUUAACAAAAUGUGAUAUUUUUAAAGGUUUUAAAUCCUUGACUUUAAAGCCAUUGAAUUUAUUAUUUGUUGAAUCGCUGCUUAACUAUAACAUGAAAAUCAUAUGAUUUGAUUUGGGCUUUGAUUUGAUUGACAAACAAUGACUGCAUUUAUUCGCUGCAAAUAUUGUGUUAGACUUUGAAACAUAAACACACAAAACAAUAACAAAAUAUAACUACAAAUCGUGAUAUAAAUUAUUAUAAAUAUUAUUAAUAUUAUUGAAAAAAUUGCUGUUGAAAUCAACAAAAAAUAAGAUAAUAAUUGAAAAAAGUGACAAAAAACCGCUGCUGCUGUGCUUAAAAACCCUAUAUUUAAUGGACUCAAAAUAUUAUAAAUAUAUAAAUAUAUAAUAAUAUGUUGAAUAUAAUCAUGACUUCAUUAAUUAUAAUAAUU